UGUUUCUUAUGAAUGAAAUAUGUAUUUCAAUUUACUCGAUCUUUUUUUUAUUGUGACGGAAACGAUUUUUUAAGAAACUAAAGCGACUACUAACAAACGAAAAUUUCAUAAAAGGAAAAACAUCAUCAUCAUCAUCAACAACAACAACAACGACAACAAUCGGAUUCAAUUUUCCAAUGUACCAAAACCAACCAAGGUCAAGACGAAAUAAAAACACAGGAAAAAACGUUUCAAUCACACACACGUGGCCACUACCAUUUGGUUUUUUUUAUUGGACAGGAAGCUGCAACUACUGGUAUUAUGCUACUGCUUUGAAAUUGACAUUACCAAUGAUCAACGUUUCAGGAAUACAUCAUGCAUGAAAUGUUUACCUGUUUUUUGUUAAUGGCAACAACAACGACGACGACCACUACAAUUCGAACAGGAUCUUGGCCAUUCUCGGAUACCGUCAACGCAAUUUAUUCACCUGUGUUUUCUAUCUUGGUAUAAAAAGCAAAAUCCAUUACGAUUAUUUGUCAAUCAGAUCAUUCAUACGACAACGACAACAACCAUUGAAUAUAAAUCGUGUGUUUGUAUGUUUGUGUAUGUUUCAGUGUUUCAGUAAAUUUUUAAAUGUGUUUCUGUGUUAAAAAUUGACAACGGCAAAUAAAAAAAAAUGAAACUUCAAUUGAUUGUUUUGGGUGUUGCCCUUUUCGCUUGUGCUGUAAUGGCUCAGGAAAUGGAAGAUAAUCUGAUUGCUGAUGCAUCGGAAAUGGAUCUAGCUGUUGCUGAAUCAGCAGGCGCUGGCGCCGUCGCUGGUGGUGCAGCCGGUGCCGGAGCUAAAGGUGCUAAAGCUGGUGCCGCUGGUUUCAAAGCAGGUGCUAAGGCCGGUGCUGCUGCUGGAGCUAAAGGUGGUAAAAAAGGAGCGUUUGCCGCCGGUGCCGCAGGUGGUGCUGCUGGUGUGAAAAAAGGCGGUAAAGCUGGUGCUGCCGGUGCUGCUUUUGCCAAAGGAGCCAAAUUUGGCAAAGCCGGUAAAUUCGGUAAAGUGGGUGGCGCUGGUUUCAACAAGAAAUUCGGUGCCAUCAAAACCUUUGGUAUGGCUCAAGGAUUCAAAUUCGGUAAAGCUGGUGGAGCAUUCGCUGCUGGUGGUGCUGCUGGAGCUGCUGGUAAAAAAGGUGGUAAAUUUGCUGCUGGUGGUGUUGUUGCUGGUAAAAAAGGUGGCAAAAAAGGAGCCAAAGGUGCUGCUGCUGCCGGUUUUGCCAAAGGUGGCAAAAAAGGUGGUGUUGCUGGCAAAGUUGCUGGUGCCAAAGCUGGUGCAGCUGGUGCCAAAGGUGCAUUCAAAAAAGGUUUUGCCAAAGGUGGCAAAGGAAUUGGCAAAUAAUUAUUUUAACAUUUUUUGAGCCAUUUCUUUUCGCUCAUAUUCUGUAUUCAAUAACACUUCACACACACACACACACACACGCAUCGAUCAUUUAUUUACACACCAAGGAA